CAAACUCGCCAAAAGCGAAGCAGUCCCCACCCCGACCGCGUCCACCUCCUCUCUUCUCCCACGCGCGCCUCGCCUCGUCUCCUCUCGAGAUCUCGCCAUGGACGCCAUCGACUCCGUGGUGGAUCCCCUCCGCGAGUUCGCCAAGGACAGCGUCCGCCUCGUCAAGCGCUGCCACAAGCCCGACCGCAAGGAGUUCUCCAAGGUGGCGUUGCGGACGGCGAUCGGGUUCGUCGUCAUGGGAUUCGUCGGCUUCUUCGUCAAGCUAAUCUUCAUCCCCAUCAACAACAUCAUCGUCGGGUCCGGCUAGGUUGGAUGCUAAAGAAAGACUAGCAUGGGGAUAUAGUGGAGUACUCAUCAAGGAGAAAACAGAAGAUUAUUGAGGAUAGUGCUGUGUUCUAAAGUAGGCGUCCAAAGUUCAUUGACCCGUUUCAAGAAACUGUUGCUAAAAGAUGGUUUAUAUUCUGUUCCCUUUUUGUGGAGAAAUCAUCGUACUGAAUUAGACUUUGCAAUUAGCAUGCAAUGAAAUGUUCAUGUUUUUGCCGUA